AUGGCAAUGGUAGUGGACCUCGACUUUUCGGGUUAUAGUUAUAGUACGACCACAACAACCACCACCACCACCUCAACCGAAGGGGAACAGGGUUGUAACUGGAAUGACUGGUCACCGGUUGUCGACUGGGAGGCACUUUCCGGCGACCAGGAGGAUUUCCAUUACCUAAUUGACUCUAUGAUCGAUGAAAAUGUUGAACUACAUCAGGUGGUUAGGUCUGUACAUGAAGGGUACAACAGUUUGUCCCCAGAUGCUACGAUGACUGAUGAUGAAACCAAUAGCACUGAAGAUAGCAAGGGGCUAAGGCUUAUACACCUGCUGAUGGCUGCAGCCGAGGCGCUAACUGGGGUGAACAAAUGCCGGGAAUUGGCUAGGGUGAUAUUGGUUCGGCUCAAGGAGUUGGUGUCGCCAAUUGAUGGCACUAACAUGGAGAGGUUGGCAGCGUAUUUCACUGAGUCCUUGGAGGGUUUGCUAGACGGCACUGGUGGCAGUGGUGGCGGCAAGAAAAUUUUGGGCGGUGGCAAGGAGGAGCACCACCACCAGACGGAUGUUUUGGCCGCAUUUCAGCUGUUGCAAGACAUGUCACCCUAUGUGAAAUUUGGACAUUUCACAGCCAAUCAAGCUAUAAUAGAAGCUGUGGCACAUGAUAGGAGGGUUCAUAUUGUGGACUAUGAUAUCAUGGAGGGGAUCCAAUGGGCUUCAUUGAUGCAGGCGUUGGUGUCUAGAAAAGAUGGCCCACCUACUCCACACCUUAGGAUUACAGCGUUAUCACGGGGUGGAAGUGGGCGGCGAUCAUUUUGCACCGUACAAGAGACAGGUCGACGCUUGACCGCCUUUGCAGCCUCCAUUGGUCAACCUUUCUCAUUCCAUCAAUGUAGGCUCGAUGCUGAUGAAACAUUUAAACCAUCCUCUUUAAAAUUAGUUCGAGGAGAGGCUCUUGUAAUCAAUUGCAUGCUCCACUUGCCACAUUUUAGUUACCGUGCCUCAGAUUCUAUCGCUUCUUUUUUAUCUGGAUCCAAGACCCUAAACCCGAGACUAAUUACCCUCGUGGAAGAAGAAAUGGAGCCCAUCGUGGAUAAUGGGUUCAUGGGGCGAUUCAUGGACUCAUUGCAUCAUUACUCAGCCGUAUACGACUCACUCGAAGCAGGAUUCCCAAUGCAAGGCCGAUGUCGAACACUCGUGGAACAAGUAUUUAUCGGUCCUCGAAUAUCCAAUUCACUAGCUCGUAUCUACCAAGCAUGUGGCGAGGGAGACACAUGUUCUUGGGCUACGUGGUUGGCCGCGGUGGGAUUUCGUCCAAUGAACCUAAGCUUUGCCAAUCAUUGUCAAGCCAAAUUGUUGUUGGGACUUUACAAUGAUGGGUAUAGGGUGGAGGAGUUAAGUAACAAUAAACUUGUUCUAGGAUGGAAGUCACGGCGCCUACUUUCAGCCUCUAUAUGGAGCUCACAAGAUAGUGAUUUAUGA